AAUUUAAAAAAGUUCAAAAUAUUACAAUGUUAUAUAGAUGGGAAAAGCAAGUAAAAGAAGGUGGCACAAGAAACGAGAAAUUAUUGGAAAUUAGCAAAUAUGUCAUGAAACAGUUUCAAAAUGCACAUUUGAAGUCAAUACCAAUUCAUGAUAUUGAUAUUAAAAGAUGGGCUUUAAAUGCAAGAAAUGAAGUACAACUACCUCGAGAAUUUUUCACGGCUUCAUCAAAGUGGAUUCACAAUUUUAAAAUAAAACACGGAAUCGUAUCCAGAAAAAUUAAUAAAUUCACUACCCAAACGCUCUUAUCAAAGAAAGAUGAUUUAGUACAAGAAGCAAAUCAAUUUGUAUCCAAAAUUAGGGAGCAAAUCUCAUUAUUAGGAGCUGACAAUGUUUAUAAUUCAGAUCAGUCUGGUUUUAAUUAUGAAUCACAUGCAGGACGAACAUUAUCUUUCAAAGGAACAGCACAAGUUGAAUGUUUAACACAAUCGAAGAAUUCAUUAACACAUAGCUAUACCAUACAACCGAUUGUAUCAGCUAGUGGAUUACUCAAGUCGCCUUUAUUUAUUGUUUUACAAGAAACGGGUGGGCAGUUUGGACCUGUUGUUGAAAUGAACAUAUAUAAAGCAGAAAAUAUUGUCGUAGUACCUUCAAAAUCUGGGAAAUUAUCAUCUGACCUGGCAGUUCAAUGCGAAUGUUUAAAGAGCGAGCUCGAUCUUUUUUCUUUAUCACCCACGCAGACCAGUAUCGAAAACUCGCAAUGGAUUCAAUACAAGCCUGUAUCCACGCUCACGGACGAUACUUCCAUAGAAUUUGUCGUGCCGGGUCAUGGGGAGGAAUAUUUAGACCUUGCUCAUACUAUGAUGUGCGUAAACGUGAGCACAAUAGGUAUCAAUGGAAAUGGCGCUACACCUGAAGAAAAACGAAACGCCAUUAGUAGAGAUGAUUACGCUCGCGGAUACACGAUUUUCGCCUUUGAUCUCACAUCCGAUCUUUCCGCCAAUUGCGUCGAACAUUGGAAUCUCGUGAAACACGGGAGUUUACGUGUGGAAAUAGGAUUCGAGAAAGCCCUCACUAAGACUAUCAACGCAAUUGUUUAUGCGGAAUUUGAUAAUAUGAUAACAAUUGACUCUUCGUGUCAAGUCAUAGUCGAUUUUGCUGGUUAG